AUGUCUGAAAAGGCCACCAAAGAUCCUCCGUAUGACUUCCACAAAGCAGCCUAUGAAGUCGCACAAGCACCCAACGUUAUUUGUUCGGGUAUGAUGAGUAAACAAGAUCGUAAAAUGGGAGUCGUAUGGAGAAAACGUUUUUUCAUCUUGCUUGAAAAUCCAUCCAGCAGCAACACUCCUUCCUCUCCAAGAAAUCAAUACACUCCUUCCAUUCAAGUAUUAUCUAACAACAUUACAACCACCACCACUACUGGAUUGUCGGCAACAAACUCUCCCUCCUUGUUGUCAUCGUCAUCAUCCUCAUCGACAUCAUUGGGUGUAUCCUCUGCCUCCUCCUCUGUUCGAUCCAAUCGACACUUUUCAAUGAAUAUGAGUGGAUUGCAAGCAGCAGCAGCAGCUUCCUCCUCGCAACAACUCUUUACCAAUACUGGUGCAAGUAGUACGAAUAAUCAUGACAUCAUUUUGUAUUAUUUCAAGAGUCCAACAGAUACAGUAUCUAUUAGUAGUAUUAAUGUUCGAUUUGGAGUGGAGAGUGUAGAGACAAUUCAAUAUACCAAAGUUAGAAAAUAUGGACUCAAGAUUGUCACUAAAAAUCAAAGAGAAUAUUUAUUGUGCUGUGAUGAAGAAUCUGAACAAUCGAAAUGGUUGAAUCAUUUAACAUUGGCAAAGAAAGGAUCUGCUCUGAGCAAAUCGAGUGAAAAUUUGUCACAACCCAUUUCAGUUUCAACUCCUUUAUUGACAGGUUCACCAAAAGUGAUUCAUCGUCAUAUUCAAUCGAGUAUUCCAUUGGGAGUAUUCAAUGCAAUUUCAUCACCAUCUACUGCAACAACACCUCUUGUGAAAAAAGAUGAAAGUUAUAAUCGUUGGCAUGAUUGGUGUUUGAAUCAAUGUCAAAUUGGAUGUAAGGUCAUUAAAUUACCUUACCUUGCAAGUUGUUCGGGUGUGGAAAAGAAGAGAUUUUUACAAUUAUCUAAAGAUGCAAAAGUCAUUCGAUGGGGUACAACAACUAUUCAUAAGAGUACUUCAAAGAUAUCUCAAGAAGAAGAUACUCGUAUUCAUCAAUCUUUGGAUCGGCACAUCAACAUGUCACAAGUGACAGCAGUUCAUUAUGGUGUCUCAAGUAAUACUUUCCAAAGAUAUUUAGAAAAGGUCAUGACCAGUUAUGAAGCUACAAAUUGCAUUUCAUUCGUGGUUAAAACAAACAAUGGAGCGAGUAGAACGAUUGAUUUGAUAUUCUUGAAUUCGGAUGAUGCCAUGGCAUGGUAUUUAUUAUUAACAGUUUUCAAGUCAACGACUAGUACUCCAACUCAAUCGACAGAUCAAAUCAUUGCAGAUUUCAAGUGGUCUCGAUUGAGAUUGAGUGUGCAACAACGAUGUUUUUUAAACCAAACAUCAUUGGUUAAUUUUAUGGAAGAGCAAGUUUAUUUGCUUCAAUAA